AUGUCUUUAGCUAAACGUAUAAAAUAUCCAAGUGUUAUCGAACGCUAUUACACGAAAUAUUAUCGUACGAAUGUUCACAGUGAGACUAAUAAUGAUACACUUGUUCUUGUACAUUCUAACCGUGUUUGUGUUCUAAUGCUUUCGGAACGACAUCCCAUUCUUACAAAUCCUUUGAAAAUUCAUUCCAUUGAAUCACUUGCUAGUGUCAAUCAAUCGAUGAGUGGUAAAUCGAAACGCGGAGCUGAUUAUGUUCAACCAAACAAAUUACUAUAUCGAAUCAAAUGUGAUAACGAACAAAUAUUCACAAUUUGCGCAAGUAUCAAAGGACGUCUAGUUGAAUUAAAUGAUGAAAUUAUCAAAACGCCAGAUUUACUUCAACAAAAACCUCAAGGUGAAGGUUAUCUAGCGAUUUUUAUUCCGUCUUUGAAAGACGGAGAAAAUAAUCUAAAAUUACUCGUAACCGAACAAGAGUACAUUUCAUCCAAGCAAUCUUCCUAG